AUGGAGAUUAACUGCGACGAGCUUCUCGGAGGUUCAUAUUCCGAUUGGGGUAUGAGAAAAGCCGGCGAUUACAAAGAAGUGGAAUUGGGUGGAUUUGGGGAAGACGAUUUCCUCAAUCGAAUGUCGUUCUCCGGUUAUCAGAUUAUCUACGAGACGGUGAAUUGGGUUGCUAGUGGCGAUGGCGCUUCGAUGUGGCAGCAACAGAUGGGUAACACUCUGUUCACCGAUUUUGUGGGUUUUGGUGAAAUCACUGGGAACAAUGUGCUUAGUAGUUUGCCUGAGGAUCCGUUUUGUAUGAACAUUAGAUCGACUCUGAACACAAUCUCAGAUUGGUUUCAUGAGAAUCAGAUGGAUUUAGUAUCAGAAUCUCAUGAUGAGCCAAUCGGUGUUGAUCAGACCCUCUUCGAGAGCAAUCCAAUCAGCAGCGUCAAGAUGAAUGGUGUUGAGGGAUUGGGGAAAGUGACUUUGCCUGAAGACCCGUUUUGUAUGAAAGUUAGAUCGACAAUCUCGGAUUGGUUUCAUGAGAAUCAGAGGGAUUUGGUAUCGAAGUCUCAUGAUGAAGCAAUUGGUGUCGUCGAACAGCAAACAGGGAGCAGUGAUCUUGAUGAUGAUGGUGGUGGUGAACCUCAUGUGGCGUUUGAGUUGGUUCUUCCGUAUCUAGAGAUGAGAGAUGUGCUUGCGGUUGAAGGGGUUUGCAGGUCAUUGCGUGACUCUGUUAGGAAAGAGCCUUUUUUCUGGAGCACCAUUGACCUCAAUGAUUCCCCUCUUAAGUAUAGAGUUACUGAUGAUUCUCUUCUGAAGUUGACGCUCCGUGCUCAAGGGAAUCUUCAGUGUUUAAAUCUGGGAGGCUGUGUAGGUAUCACUGAUAAUGGCUUGAUGCAAGUGCUUGCAAGCAAUCCCCGUCUCACAAAGCUGAGCGUAUCGGGUUGUCAUAGACUAAGCACAGCAGGAAUGAUGUCCAUUUUCAGAGACUUAAAGUCCUCAGACCUUCUUGGAUUGAAAAACUUAAUCACUGGUGGGGCAUUAUACUUCACAAAGGAGCAAUUUGAGGAGGUGAACUUGUUACUUGGAGCAGAUGCUAAUGCCGCUCCGAAAUCCAGGAAGCAGAGAUUCUAUACAUCUUGUAGAUCAGAAUUAUCUUUGGAUGAUGAUCGAGUUACUGAUCUAGAGAUAUGCCCUUUGUGUGAGAAACCAAGUCUGGUAUUUGAUUGUGCAGCAGAGACAUGUCCACUGAAGGAUAAUCCGUGUCCGAAAUCAUCGUGCAGAGCUUGCGUAGUCUGCAUAGAACGUUGCCACGACUGUGGGAGUUGCUUGAAUGACUGUGAACACAAGCCCUUCUGUUUUGCAUUCAGCUGUAUGGUCUGUUAUAAGAAGAGGUCUAACCAGCUAUAA